AUGCGUCCCAGAUAUAUGGUUACCGCGACAACGGCGCUGCUCUGCUGCAUACUGGGCAUGCUCAGUCUGACGUCGGGUGUCCAGGCUGCUAUGGGCAACGCCUGCUGUACAAGUUACACCAGAACGCCUGUGGCCUUCCACCUCAUAAAGGGCUUCAAGGAGCAGAGCUACAGGGAAAUCUGCCGCAUUGAUGCCAUCAUAUUCUACACACGGAGGAACAAGAAGGUAUGUGCUUCCUCCAAGGAUGAGUGGGUGAGGCGAGCUCUUGCACGACUCAGCUCUAAAUUGAAGAAGAUGUCCGUCGCCAGACCUUCUGCGGCAGAGACACUUAAAAUCUCAAACGGCACCGGCGCAGGAGUCUUUUCAAACUCCUCCAGCGGCAGUAAUAUGUAACCUUCUCCACCGGGACCGGAGCGGGACCUUCGCUGAAAGCACUGACACUCUAUUAGCGCAACCCU